AUGUCUCGACGCUGGGCGCGAAAGGUCGAGCGCUGCUGCUGCACCUUCGCGACCUACAUCCCCUUAUUCUUCGUCUACAGCUUGACCACAUGGGCCGUAUGGGUGGAUGUCACCAUCGGGUCCGCGCCCUCUAAAGCCACUUGGCUAGGCACAGGUUCCUCUACCCUCGCCGUCCUCCUCUAUGGCCUGCUCAACUGGUCCUACACGACCGCCGUCUUUACGAACCCCGGAAGCACGACAAACGACAAUGGCUACAGCACCCUACCGACCGAGGCCCCUCCACCGGCCACGUCCUUCACCGUCAAGGCUAAUGGCGAGAUCCGAUUCUGCAAGAAGUGCCAGGCGAGGAAACCGGACCGCGCCCAUCACUGCUCCACCUGCCGUCGAUGCGUCUUAAAGAUGGAUCAUCAUUGCCCUUGGCUGGCGACGUGUAUCGGCCUGAAGAACCACAAGGCCUUCCUGUUGUUCCUCAUCUACACGACAUUGUUCUGCUUCUACAGCUUCUUCGUCUCGGGAAGCUGGGUGUACAUGGAGGUCAUCAACAACACGACGUACGUGGAGACGUUGAUGCCCAUCAACUACGUGAUCCUCAGCGUCAUGGCCGGAAUCAUCGGCAUUGUCGUCGGCGCGUUCACAGGCUGGCAUAUCAUGCUGGCGAGUCGCGGACAGACCACUAUCGAAUGUCUGGAGAAGACUCGCUACCUGUCCCCGCUGAAGAAGCAGAUGCAAAACCAGUUCGUCGCCCAGCACAAUGGCGAGGGCGUCCCCCUUCCAGCUUACGGCCAGCAACUGCUCGACAUCCACGCCAACGCACUGCCAGGCAUUACGCGACCCGAAGAAGGCGAAGAGUUCCGUGGACACCCUGGGGCUUCGAGGCCAGUACACCAAUCCUACGAAGAGAUGGAACGCGAUCGCGCCAAGAAGCGUUACGAAGAGUACCUUGACGAGCAAGACUCUGAGAAACUCCCUAACGCCUUCGACUUGGGGGCAAAACGCAAUCUCUUGCAUCUUUUCGGACCUAAGCCGCUCUUUUGGUUCGUCCCCGUCUGCAACACCACCGGUGAUGGCUGGUCAUGGGAGCCCAGUCCUAAAUGGAUUGCCGCGCGUGAGAACCUGGCCAGGGAACGUGAGGAGCAGCGCGCCCGCGAGAUCAACGCCGGCUGGGGUACUGACGAGCCGCCGCCGUCUUUCAUGCGUCCCGCACCCACGAAACCCGACGGUGCCGGCCGCCACUACCUCACCACCCCGCCAUCACCCCCGCCGCCCGCGAACGGUAGCCGCAACGACGCGCGUAAGAUGCCGUCCAAGGCCGACCGGGUUCUUGGCCGUGAUCCCAACCUGUACGCCGAUGGCUUCCAAGAAUCUAUGCCGAUGCGCAAGCUUAGUCCGCGCGGUACGGCGCUCGAGGAGGAGCUGACGGACAGCGACGUCGAUAUGGAUGACGCGGCGGCGGCGGAGCACCGUGCCAUGAACCUCGUUACCAACGGCGGAUGGGGGAGGAGCGGCGCAAGCGGACUGCUGCGGAAGAGCAGCCCCACCUCCCCAUCCUUCAGGACAUCGCCGUCUAACGACGACACCGUGGACUAG